GGCGCUCAGCGCGGCCCUGAGAGGGGACGGACCUGCGGGACGGACGGCGCUGCGAGCCGCGAUCGGCAAUGGGGACAGCGGGACCGGGCGGGUGGGUGCAGAGCCCUCGUCGUGGGACAGGGGGACCCUCCAGUCUGGGCAGGAACUGUGGCUGUAGGGACGGACGAGGACCUCACCGAGGGGAGAGGGGGACCUGGCUGUGGGAGUCAGCCCAAAUCUGUGGCUGGGAGGGACCCUAACCGUGGGAUGGAGCCCUAUGGGGACAAGUGGGACUCUGGCUGUGGUGGCAGCUCCCUGGCACUGCGGGUGUAUUUCCUGCUGAGAUGUCAGUGAGGACGAGUCCCCACCUGCCAGGUCUCUCCUAUUCCUGCCCUGGGCACCUCUGCCAGCCUGGUCCCGCCUGCAGCAGCAGAAUAGCAGAGCAGAGAGCGGCAGCUGGGGUGCAGAUGACAGGCUCGGCCAUGCCUUCCCCUGCAGCAGCUGUGGGACUGGGAGAUCUGUGGACUACAGCCCCUCUCCCAGAACUCAGGCUUUGUCCCGACGCCAACCCACUCACCAGCUCCCUGCAGGCGUGGAUCCCGUCAGCAUCAAGGAGAGCACUGCCAGGCACCUCCAAACAGCCCCAAAGGUGGGGAUCCCAGAGCACAGCCUGUCCACCAGCACUGAGGUGGUUAACCAGGCUCUAUUCCAUGCUCUAUGCUGCCUGCAGGGGAGGUUACUGGUCUGGGGCCAAGGGGAGGGCCGUGCAGGGGACUCCUGGGCAGCCUUUGUCCCAGGCACAGCGCCUGCACUCCAGGUACGCGCUGACACCGAGGUGAGCAGCAGCUGGCCUCACUGGCAGCAGCACAGGUGAGCAUGGGCAGGGAACAGCAAUGGGCGACCUCAGCGACGCUUGGCUGUGGGGAGAUUGAAGCAGGGGUGAGGUGGGAGGCAGGUGGGGAGGCAGGUGAGAAGGUGGUUUGUGGCUCAGGUGCUUUCAGUGCAUGCAGGGGAUGUGGAGAGCACUGCUGGACCUCGUCUUGGUGUCAGGAUGGGAGCUUGGGCACUGCUCUGCCUGGCAAGGAUACUUCUAGCUUGCACAUUCCCCGCUUCCUUAUAACAUUAAGAGCCCUUUUGACCCCAAAUCCCACAUGUGCACAGCAACACAUCUUCCCAAGCAACACAGUUUAUGGCCAGCAGUGCCCACAAGUCUGAACUUUGAGGCUCCUCUACUUCCUCUCAAGGGACUCUGCAAAGGGCUGUCAGCAGCUGUCAGCACUUUGCUGUGUCCGGUCACAUACCAACCAGUGCAGGAGCAGCUCAAGCAGCAUGCACAACUGCAAGCUUUCUGCACGCUGAAACCUCUGGGCAUUGCUCCUUGUGGAGCCAUACAGCAGCAGGGCUUGACUGUAGCUCUGAAGGCAUCACCACCCUUCCAUCCCUUCUGCUUGUGCCCCAAACCUGCUGUACAAGGCUGCUGUGCCAGGCACGAACCAGCCUGAAGUGCCACAGAAAUUCUGGGCAGAUCCGUUGGCUUCUCACACCCCUCCCUCUUUGUUUUCUGCUUGCUUGCUCGCUCCUUCCCUGUGCUCCACUCUCCUCCCCUGUCCCUGUAGACUCAGUGCUGCCUGCAGUUGUUGCCUGCUGCUGAGAUAAGAUAGAAAUUUGGCCUCACCGAGGGCAGGUGAAGGUGGUUUCACACAUGGUGCAAUUUAUCACCAUCACAUGCUGCCUGGGGCAUAAUUUUCCAAGAUGUGUGCUGGUAUUGGGACCUUUUCCUUUGCUGUUAAACCAGGAGCAGGGGAAGCACUUCUCAGCUGCAUGGUUACAUCUGUGCAAAUCAGCAGGGCUAAUAGGGCUGGAGAUGGCACAGUAGAGGAGUAUCACCUUGCAUAUGACAUCUUCUGCCCUUCAUUACCAGACGGGGCUCUUGGCCAUAGGAUAAGGUCUGAUAAAGGUUUCCUAUCCCACAUCCCGUGUCCCAUGACGUGGAACAGAAAAGAACAUUUUCCAUUAUACAUAGCAUGUCCUAUAGGGCACUGCUCACCCUCAUUUAUCACUGGAGAUAUCGGCUGAAACAGGAAUCGACGUCUUUUGUGACUUUGCCAAAGGUCUUCCUUUCCUAUUAAACUGCUGACCUGGCCUGGCUACAAGGUAAGGGUAUUUUCUGUGUGUUCCUGGGAGAGCUGCACAGCCCAAUGAGCUCCCCAGGGUGCACCCCAUGGCGGCGGCUGGGUCAGAAUCAUUUCUCUAGGCUGUUUCCAGGGCUUUCAGAGCAUCUGCUGCUCAGCUGCAGCCCAGUGCUGUGCAGGCUGGGCUGUACGAGGUCAGGCUUACUGCCUGCAGUCACACUGUGGUGGUACAGAGCAGGGUGAUACAGGAAGAGGAGGGAGAACUUUGUGUAGCACAUCUGGAGCAGACAUGGGGUGCUGAGCAUGAGGACGUGUCAGCUGCUCUGUGGUGUGGGGCUGUAGAGAACCAGGCCCUUGGGUUUCACUUCUCUACUGCAAUUUAUUGCUGAUGCCUCAGGGAUAAUGCUGGGAGCUGAGCUCUGGCCAGGUGAGCAGAGUUGGACCAGGCAGGAGACACAUGGAUGGAGAUGCUGUUCUCCUGCCUGGAGAAAGACCUAGGGUAGUCUGAUACUGUUAGGCAACAGAUGUUUUAAUUCCCUAUUACUGGAGAUUUUCAAGAUGGGAUUGGACAGGGGGCUAGAUAACCUUAUUUAGGCUUGCCAUGAAAAGUUGGACUUGAUUGUCUUUUGGAGUCCUUUCAACCUGUACUGUCCCGUGAUUCCGUGAUUCUAUAUGACCUGCUGGUCACAAGUCUGUGGGAUGGAUUGUCUUAGGUAGUGCAGGGUAUGAUGGCAGAAUGUGGGUGCCAGGGGGAUGCAGCUCUGAGCUCCAAAGAUGUCAGCCCCAGUGGGAACCUGCCAGGACGUGGCCCUGCUCUGGGUGCCCCUGCUUGAGCUGGGCUUGGACCAGAUGGACCCAAAGGUUUCUUCCAACCUCAGCCAUACUGGGAUUCUGUGACUCUGAUUCCGAGAAUGGUUUAAAGCCCUUUUUUCAGACAUGGGAGAAGGUCCGCCUUGACAGGUCCCAUCUCCAUCCAUGAGAUUUGCAGUUCAAAUCUGGCCUUGCAAAUACAGGAGCACUAAGCUGGGGUUGGGGUGUUUUUGCAGGUUGGAAGAGGAAUGGAGUACAAAGCCAAGGUCAUCGCAGGUCUCCUGACAGCCACCUGUGUCUUCAGCAUCAUUGCCCUCAUACUGAGUGCUGUAAACGUGAAGGAUGUGUUUCUGCCUCCUGGCACUAAGUACGGCCUGGUGUUCGACGCCGGCUCCACGCACACGGCUCUCUAUGUCUACCAGUGGCCUGCAGACAAGGAGAACGGCACGGGCAUCGUCUCCCAGGUGGAGUCCUGCACUGUGAAUGGAUCUGGCAUCUCCAGCUAUGCAGAUGAUCCCGCUGGAGCUGGUGCCAGUCUGAAGCCCUGCCUGGCCAAGGCCAUGACAAUCAUCCCUGCAGAGCAGCAGCGGCAGACACCCACCUACCUGGGGGCCACAGCGGGCAUGCGGCUGCUGAGGGAGCAGAACAGCACAAAAGCUGAGCAGGUCUUCGCUGAGGUCACCAAGGCCAUUCGUGAGUACCCUGUGGACUUCCGUGGAGCUCAGAUCCUCACUGGGAACGAGGAGGGCUCCUUCGGCUGGAUCACUGUCAACUACCUGCUGGACACACUUAUCAAGUUUUCCUUCGCAGGAAAAUGGGAACAUCCACAAAACACUGAAGUCCUGGGAGCUCUGGAUCUUGGAGGAGCCUCAACACAAAUAACCUUCCAGCCUGGAGUCACCAUUGAAGACAAAAACACAUCUGUCCUCUUCAGGCUGUACGGCACCAACUACUCACUCUACACCCACAGCUACCUGUGCUAUGGGCAGACGCAGGCCUUGAAGAGGCUGAUAGCAGCUCUCCAUCAGCAAGCCCAGAGGUCUGUGAGAAGAGGCCUUCCUUUUGGUGAGGAGGGAGAUGUAGUUUUUACCAUCACCCUUCUUCCCCAGGCCUUUUCUGGGUUCUACUACACCUUCUCCUUCCUGAACCUGACCAGCCAGCAGUCUCUAAGCCAUGUCAAUGCCACAGUCUGGGACUUCUGCAACAAGAACUGGUCCAAGCUGGUGGAGACCUUCCCAGAGAAUAAGGAGCACCUACACACAUACUGCGUGGUGGGACUUUACAUCUUGACAUUGCUGGUCGAUGGCUAUAAGUUUGAUGAGCACACAUGGAGCAACAUCCACUUCAGCCAGAAGGCAGGAAACACAGAUAUUGGCUGGACGCUGGGCUUCAUGCUGAACCUCACCAACAUGAUCCCCACGGAGGCUCUGGAACUCGUCAAGGGGCAGCAGCCCAGUCUGUGGGCAGGAGCCAUCUCCUUCAUUGUGCUGGCUAUAGUUACAGGCCUGGUGGCAAUUCUCCUCCAGUGUUUCUGGAAAUCCAAGUAGCCCCAGGUAUCAAGCCUAGGG